GGCAACUGGAGUCCUUGCCCUCGCAUGCGCCGCGCCGUGAGUGCGGCUAGGCACCUGCUGCAGAGCGUUGCCGUGGUGCUCUUCUGCUUCCUGCCGCUGCUGCCGUUGCUCCUGCUAUUCUUCGCCAUUAUCUUUCCGCCACUAGCCAUCGCCGGCUCGCUUGUCUCCGGCGACGAUAUCGGCCUGCCACCUGCCUGGCAUCGCUGGCGCCGGCUGCCUCUGCUCGUCCGGCUACCGUUCGUCCUUUUCGUGCACCUCCCGAUCGGCAUGUACUGGCUCCUCGGGUUUAUUGUCGAGGGCUUCCUUCUGAAGCCGGCAGCUCUCCUCGCCUACGAGCUCUUAGCCCGCGGCCCUCCUCGGACCACAGAGCCCUGCGAGUCGGAUGUCGAGUCCAACGAACCCAGCUCUCGGCGUCCGGCGCCGGCCAGCGAGGACGGAGGACGCUAUCGGGAGCACGACUCAGUUUGGGCGGCGCUCGAGGGCGACGGGGACAAAAUCAUACGCGGCGAUGUGCGGUUGCUUAGCCUCUCGUGGCUGAUGGGGCUGGCCGACCAGAAUGGGGUGCUGCCGCGCCGGCAGGAGCUGCCCGAGGAGGCGUUUCUGGACGCGGCGCGGCUGAAGCGGAUAGAGGCGGGCGCGAGGCGCAGCCUCGAUGUGCGCCGGUUCGAGCGCGUCUUCGCCGCCUGGAGCAAGGGCGGCGGCGGCCUCUCCCCCUUCCUCGGCUUCAUGGCGACCCCGCUGCACAGCAAGCGCAACGCCGACGGGCUCCUUCCGAUCGUCUCCAUCUCCUACUGCUGGCUCGAGGCCGCGCAUCCGGAUCGGGAGGGCCGCCAGCUGCAGCUGCUCUGCCGCAAGCUGCGGAGUCUGUACGGCGGGCGCGGCCUGCUCGGCGCGUGCCGCGAGUACGGCUUCUCCGACAUGGGCGUCUUCCUCGACUGGUCCUCGGGCUACCAGAAGGACCCGGCGCUGUGGAGAGGGUGGAUGGCGGACCAGGCGCUGUACGCCAAGAGCGACGGCGCGCUCAGUGAGCAGCAAGCCGCCGACCGGCGCGCGUACGAGGCGAGCCGAACCGCGGAGCAGAAGGCCGCCUUUGAUCGCAUGCUGAGCAACACGAUGGAUCUGUGGUACGCGCACUCCGCCAUCACCGUGGUGCUGCUCACGCAGCUGCCCGACGAGCUUCCCGCCGGCUUCGACCCGAGCCGGACCUACGACAGCCGCGGAUGGACGACCUUCGAACGGUGCUCCGCCGAGCUAGCAAAGCUCAGCUCUUUGCAGUCGGCUCGGUGGAGCCUUGUCAUCGACGUCUCUGACGAGGGCGGCGGCGCGGAGCGGCGCCUUCCGACGACGCCGCAGCGCAUGGCGAAGCUGCUCGCCGGCUGCCGCUUCACCAACGGAGCAGACUCCUCCCUUGUGCUGCAGCUGUACGCGAAGACGGCGGCCGCGGUGCUGGGGACGGUGAGAGAACUCAGCUACGUAGGGCUGCCGCUCGUGCGCGGCGACGAGUGGACCUCGCCGACGCGCCUCGCAGAGGCCCUCAACUAUUGCGAGCGGCUGCAGGAGCUGGCAGUCUGCGGCGCUCGUCUGGACGACGAGGGAGCGAGAGAACUCGCGGCCGGGAUCGACCAUGGCGCGCUGCCUGAGUUAGACAUACUGUCGCUCAACGGCAGCCGCUUUGGCGCAAGGGGCGUCGCGGCCGUCUGCAGUGUCUUCGAGCGGGGCGUGGCGCGGAGGCUGACGCUCCUCACGCUGAUGGGCACGCCCAUCGGCGACGAAGGGGCGGCGGCGCUGGCCUCGGCGCUGGAGACACGGGCGCUGCCUCCGAAGCUCGCGCUCUCCGUCUCCUUUUGCGAUGUCGGCGAUACGGGUGCGAAGGCGAUCGCCGCUGCGCUGCGCCGCGCAGGCCCGGGAAGCCGCUGUCGCGUCUUUUGCUACUGGAACAGGAUCGGACUCGCCGGCCGGUCGGCGCUCCUUGGGGCGCUCGAGGCCCAGCACGGGCCGGCGUUUGACCACUUGCUUGCAGGGACGCAGCACACUUGGCUGCCUGGGUCGGCGGCGUUCGUGCGCGCGAUGGCGAGGGGGUUGCGCAGCGCUAGCGAGAGCGGUACCUUUCUGCCCACGUGAGGCACAAUCGUCUGUGUGUUUAAAGAAAGAAACAAAG